AUGUUUGGUACACCGGAUAGGACAUCGGAUAGGAUUAAUAAUACGGAGUACGGUGUUUGGUGUCCGUUCGUAUUAAAUAGCCACCGGAUUAAACAAUCUGGGCCCACCUACUUAAUACGCUGGUUACCCGACUGCUUAUACCGUUCAAAACCUUCGUACAAUUUAGUCGGGGCAAACCCUCUCGCUGUCUCCUUCCUCUCCAGACGCAGUGUCCUCUCGCGCUCGGUUGUGGUUCUCUCCAGACGCUUUCCUCUCGCGCUUGCUCUCUCGGCUGAAGGCCAGAAUUCAGCACAAACAAAUGUGAACCAGCACAAAUCCAUUGCCUUCAAAUAUAGACAGAUCCAAUCAGGACAGUUAGAGACUUUGGAGGGGAUUGGUGGGCAGAGUUUUGGUGCGCCCAAGUUGUUUGAUAGAAUGCCUCAACGAAAUCAAGUUUGUAGAAUUGGGUCUUUGGAGGUAGAAGGUGAGGCUUUGUGUAGUAGUCAAUCAAAUAAACUGGUUAAUGACUUGCAGAUGCAGGAUAAUGGUAUUGAUAGGACUGUUGGUUUGACUGCACCUGGAGAUGUAGACCCUCCACUUCGCGCAUACCGGCAAUUCAACUCAGUGUCAUAAAGCUUUCGAGCAAGAGGAAGGGAAAAUAGUUGCCAGAGUAGAUAGUGUGAGAAAGGUCUUAUUGAAAGCAAAGCAGCAGCAUGCAUAUAUUUUGGCUAUCUGGACAAACUGUUUCUUACCGAAACCAACUUGUAUUUGUAUAUUUUAUGAACUUAGAUAUGUGAUUGUAUUAAUCUAUAUAACGUAAUGACUGUAGUUGUUUUUUGUAAACCCUCUUUUAUGUUACUGGAAAAUAUUUUGAAUUUGAUGUAUGGAAUUUACUA